GCUCGGUUCUCAGAACUACAUUUCCCACAAACGUGGACUACACUUCCCAUGAGGGCUCGGGCGCCUGCGCAGACGACGCACAGCGACAGCUUCCUGUCUCGGAAACGCGGCGCGGCCGGCUACUGGAAAACAGUGUGGACCUGUAUGAUUCCUUUAUUCCUGGGGCUGUUGUAUCAUGGCUGAUAAUGACACAGACAGAAACCAGACUGAAAAACUCCUAAAAAGAGUACAAGAACUGGAGCAAGAGGUGCAAAGACUUAGAAAGGAACAGGCCAAAAAUAAGGAGGACUCAAAUAUUAGAGAAAAUUCAUCAGGAGCUGGAAAAACUAAGCGUGCAUUUGAUUUCAGUGCUUAUGGCCGAAGACAUGUAGCCCUAAGAAUAGCCUAUAUGGGCUGGGGAUACCAGGGCUUUGCUAGUCAGGAAAACACAAAUAAUACCAUUGAAGAGAAACUGUUUGAGGCUCUAACUAAGACUCGACUAGUAGAAAGCAGACAGACAUCCAAUUACCACCGAUGUGGGAGAACAGACAAAGGAGUUAGUGCCUUUGGACAGGUGAUUUCACUUGACCUUCGCUCUCAAUUUCCAAGGGGCAGGGAUUCUGAGGACUUUAAUGUAAAAGAGGAAGCAAAUGCUGCUGCUGAAGAGAUCCGUUAUACCCACAUUCUCAAUCGGGUACUCCCUCCAGACAUCCGUAUAUUGGCCUGGGCCCCUGUAGAACCAAGCUUCAGUGCUAGGUUCAGCUGUCUUGAGCGGACUUACCGCUAUUUUUUCCCUCGUGCUGAUUUAGAUAUUGUAGCCAUGGAUUAUGCAGCUCAGAAGUAUGUUGGCACCCAUGAUUUCAGGAACUUGUGUAAAAUGGAUGUAGCCAAUGGUGUGAUUAAUUUUCAGAGGACUAUUCUGUCUGCUCAAGUACAACUAGUGGGCCAGAGCCCAGGUGAGGGGAGAUGGCAAGAACCUUUCCAGUUAUGUCAGUUUGAAGUGACUGGCCAGGCAUUCCUUUAUCAUCAAGUCCGAUGUAUGAUGGCUAUCCUCUUUCUGAUUGGCCAAGGAAUGGAGAAGCCAGAGAUUAUUGAUGAGCUGCUGAAUAUAGAGAAAAAUCCCCAGAAGCCUCAAUAUAGUAUGGCUGUAGAAUUUCCUCUAGUCUUAUAUGACUGUAAGUUUGAAAAUGUCAAGUGGAUCUAUGACCAGGAGGCUCAGGAGUUCAAUAUUACCCAUCUACAACAGCUGUGGGCUAAUCAUGCUGUCAAAACUCACAUGUUGUAUAGUAUGCUACAAGGACUGGACUCUGUUGCAGUACCAUGUGGAAUAGGACCAAAGAUGGAUAGAAUGACAGAAUGGGGAAAUGUUAAGCCCUCUGUCAUAAAGCAGACCAGUGCCUUUGUAGAAGGAGUGAAGAUGCGCACAUAUAAGCCCCUCAUGGACCGUCCUAAAUGCCAAGGAUUGGAAUCUCGGAUUCAGCACUUUGUACGCAGGGGACGAAUUGAGCACCCACAUUUAUUCCAUGAGGAAGAAACAAAAGCCAAAAGGGACUGUAAUGACAUAAUAGAGGAAGAGAAUACUAAUUUGGAGACACCAACAAAGAGGGUCUGUGUUGACACAGAAAUUAAAAGCAUCAUUUAACCAUAGACAAUUUGCCAGGCAGGAUCUAGGAACCACCUAAUGGUAGGUGGACAGAAAGGAAAAAAAAAUGUACUUGCAGGUACUAAGAAUUCAGAUGAUCAGCUCUUAAAAAAAAAAGCAAAAAGACUAAAGCCCUAUUAAGGAAGUUAUUGCUUUAAUAAGAAAUUUCAAAUACUCUCUUAUCCCAGUCCAAAAGGAUUAAGAGAUUAAAGAAGCAAAAAGCAGUCGUAAAAUGGAGACGUAUUUACGUACACCUGGAAACCUGUGCCUUGUAUUCAAAUUAAAGCGUAAUCCUGCAAGUA